AUCGCGUCCGUCGGCUUGUCGGUAUGUCAGCGUCGGUCGCUUAUCUUCCUCCAGCACGGUUUGUUUACCACGAGGAUGAACAUCACUGACCGCCGUCGUGACAGCUCCUUUUGUCGGUAAACACGGAGCGUUGACGGUUAGAAAUCGCCAUUGCUGCAGCUAGCAACAGACCUCCGCCUGAGGAGACUGAGUAAACAUGGCUGAACAAGACAUUUGCCCCCACCUGGAUUCAAUAGGAGAGGUGACCAAAGAGGAGCUCCUCCAGAAAUCCAAGGGAACUUGCCAGUCAUGUGGAGCAGGGGGCCCAAACCUGUGGGCCUGUCUGCAGAGCGACUGCCCGUAUGUUGGCUGUGGAGAGUCCUACUCUGAUCACAGCACCCUGCAUGCACAGGCUAAGAAGCACAACCUGACUGUGAACCUGACCACAUUCAGGAUCUGGUGUUAUGUGUGUGAGAGGGAAGUGUUCCUGGAGCAGAGGCCUACACUGGUGCCCGUGGCUGCUGCACCCCACCACUGUAAAGCCGCGGAGCAGGUACGGCUUCGCUCCUACAAGGAUGCAGUGCCUCAGCCAGUAGGUCACCCACUUAAAGCAGUACCCAUUGCUGUGGCAGAAGAGGAAGGCUCAGAGUCAGACGAGGACGAGCUUAAACCCAGAGGACUGACAGGAAUGAAAAAUAUUGGAAACUCCUGCUAUAUGAAUGCAGCUCUUCAAGCCCUGUCCAACUGUCCUCCUCUCACUCAGUUCUUCCUAGAUUGCAGCGGACUUGUCCGAACUGAUAAAAAGCCUGCUCUGUGUAAGAGCUACCAGAAACUCAUCUCUGAACUCUGGCACAAAAAACGGCCCAGCUAUGUGGUUCCUACCAGUUUGUCCCAUGGCAUCAAAUUAGUAAACCCCAUGUUUCGUGGUUAUGCACAACAGGACACUCAGGAGUUCCUCCGCUGUCUCAUGGACCAGCUGCACGAGGAGCUGAAGGAGCCUCUGGCAGAGUGCAGCAUGUGUGCUGAUGGAAGUGAUGUUGACGAGAGAAGAGAUGGAGACCGCUCCCCAUCUGAGGAUGAGUUCCUGUCCUGUGACUCUGGGUCCAGCAGUGACCGUGGGGAGGGAGGAGGCACAGGAGAGGCUGAGCUGCUCAUGCAAGAUGAGUGUGAUGCGGUCAGGACACCAGCAGGGAGUGUAACGGGCAUGGGACCUGCUGGGGUGAUCUCGGAGAAGGAGAGGCUGAAGGAAAAAAGGGUGUCUGGCUCACCCCUCCGUGGAGGCUCACAGGAGAUGGAUGAGGAUGCUGAUGUGGACACAGCAGCUGAGGAGGGGGCUCCUGAGAGGGGAGCAGAGGAGGAACCGACAUCAACCCCAAACACUGAGGCCCAGAACCAAGAAAAUAACCAGGCGCCUAGUGCAGGGCAAGGCCAGAGCAACAACACUUCAGAGCCAGAUAACGAGGCGUCAAUGACCCAGUCCCAGUCCAAUCCCUGUAGUCCUGUGCGCACUCUUCAGGAGCUGCACCCCAAACUGUCCUCCAGUCCUCCUCGUUCCAGCCCUCUCCGCUCUGCAGGCCCUGCAUACUCCUUCAAAAAAGCUCAGCUACUGCUCAGUACCAGGAAGAAGAAACAGUCUCAUUAUCGCAGUGUGAUCUCUGACAUCUUCGACGGCUCCAUUCUCAGCCUGGUCCAGUGUCUGACCUGUGACAGGGUCUCUACCACAGUGGAAACGUUCCAAGACCUGUCCCUGCCUAUUCCUGGUAAAGAGGACUUGGCCAAGCUGCACUCCUCCAUCCAUCAGAACCUGCCGGCUAAGACCGGUGUGUGUCCUGACACUUACGGCUCCCAGGGCUGGAUCUCCUACAUCAUGGACUCUAUACGCCGGUUUGUAGUUUCGUGUAUCCCCAGUUGGUUUUGGGGGCCCAUGGUAACCCUAGAAGAUUGCCUUGCUGCCUUUUUUGCUGCUGAUGAGCUGAAAGGAGACAACAUGUACAGUUGUGAAAGAUGUAAAAAGCUGAGGAAUGGUGUGAAAUAUUGCAAAGUACUUCGACUUCCUGAGAUUCUGUGUAUUCACCUGAAGCGUUUUCGGCAUGAGGUCAUGUACUCCUUCAAGAUUAGCAGCCAUGUAUCUUUCCCAUUGGAGGGCCUUGACAUGCGACCUUUCCUGGCUAAAGAGAGUCCCUCCCAAAUUACAACUUACGACCUCUUAUCAGUCAUCUGUCACCAUGGCACCGCAGGAAGUGGACACUACAUAGCAUACUGUCAGAAUGUGAUUAAUGGCCAGUGGUAUGAGUUUGAUGACCAGUAUGUAACAGAAGUCCAUGAAACAGUGGUGCAGAACGCAGAGGCCUAUGUGUUGUUCUAUAGGAAGAACAGUGAGGAGUCAGUGAGGGAGAGGCAGAAGGUCGUGGCUCUAGCCAAUAUGAAGGAGCCCAGCCUGCUGCAGUUUUACAUCUCCCGAGAAUGGCUUAACAAGUUCAACACCUUCACUGAGCCAGGCCCCAUCAGCAACCAUACAUUUCUCUGUCAGCAUGGAGGGAUCCCGCCUAACAAAUACCACUACAUAGAUGACCUGGUUGUCAUACUUCCCCAGAAUGUGUGGGAGUACCUUUACAACAGUUUUGGAGGCGGCCCUGCAGUCAACCAUCUGUACAUGUGUGCUAUCUGCCAGGUGGAGAUUGAAGCUCUCGCCAAACGCAGAAAAGUGGAAAUAGACACCUUCAUCAAGCUGAAUAAAGAGUUCCAGGCGGAGGAGGCGCCUACAGUCAUCCUGUGUAUCAGCAUGCAGUGGUUCAGAGAGUGGGAGAGCUUUGUUAAGGGCAAAGACAAUGAGCCCCCUGGUCCCAUUGACAACAGUAAAAUUUGCGUUAUGAAAGGAGGACACAUACAACUCAAGCAAGGUGCUGACUAUGGUCAGAUCUCCGAGGAGACGUGGCAGUAUCUGUUGGGCAUCUACGGCGGAGGCCCUGAGAUUGCAGUGAGGCAGACGGUGGUUCCAGCCGAUCCCGACAGUCUUCAUGGAGAAAGGAAGAUUGAGGCAGAAACCAGAGCACUUUGAGAUACAGAGAGAGGCCAUCUGACUUCCUUUCUACUCCUGCCCUCACAGGAAAAAGAGGAAUUUGCACCUUGGUGAAGAAGCCUUGUCAUGAGCACUUUGUAAAUGUAGCAACGCAUUAUUCUGAUGCCCUGUCGCAAGAAGACAAAAUGGUACUUAAAUGUCAUGUAUUGUAGUUUAUUUAUUGAAUAAUUCUGAUCCUCAGUGUUGCAAUGUAAAAUAAGAUUGAGCUGUUUUCAGUAGCUAUGGUGUUUCAGUGGCUGCUGUAGUAACUAGGUGUCAUAAUGCAAACUCUGGCUGAGGCAGGCAGACAACUGGGGUCACAGGCCGUGUUGCCGAGCGGGAUGGUGGUGUAAAUGCUUUGCUCGAUGACUGUCACUUGUACAUUUAUCUUCAUUUGGAGGCACCAACCAAAAGACAUUUGAAGACAUGCUUGCCAUUGUUUGCCUAUUUGUAAUAUAGAUGUACCCACAAUUUGCUGCUUCUUUAGCAACAAGUUGCCUGCACUCACUGUGGUGGGUCUCAGCUCAGUGAGGGAAUCAACAAUCUAUACUCUGCACCUCCCACCUUAAAUAAACAGUAUAACUAUAUUACACUGAGCUCCUCAGGAAUGGAAGUUGCUUGAAUCGGUGAAAUGAUGAUUGAAUAGAUGACAGAACUGUAUCAAAAGCAAUUUAUUUUCAGACUGUGACACAUGCAUGAACAUGUUUAAAAAUUCCCCUCUCAGAGUAAUUUAUGUUGGGAGUUUCACAUUGCAUGUAAAUUUAACUCCUUAUUUCUGAUAUAUGACAAUUCAUUGACAGGAGCCUGUGUUCUGGCAGGUACCCAGUUAUUGUCGGGCAAAGAUAAUAACAAUGCUAGGUGGUUAAAAUUACAGAUGUCUUGGCAGACUCUUUCUCUGCCAAGACUGUCCAGAAUUGGACAGUCUUGGCAUUAGAAUACAUACAUACAAAGGCAUAUACACAUGUAGAUAUAUAGAGUAAAUAGGCACUUUUUACAAGAAUCCAUUUCCUUAAGAAACACAAAAGACUAGAGGGAUAGCAAUUCAAUGCAAGAAGAAGCUGAUAAAAAAGAAUAUAAUCCUGUUACAAAACAGCUUACAGUGGUAACUCUGUAGAGGGAUUGUGGAAGAAUAUUGCCCAAAAAAUGUUGCCAUCUUAGCACGAUAUUUUAAUAUUACUUUACAAAUAUUACGUUUAUACUGAGGUUGAUAUUCUCAUGCAGCAUUGCCAGUAUAUUUGUAAGUCAUCUUGUACAUAUAGAUCAUUAUUUCGAACAGAUGAAUUCACAAAGACAAAGGAGAGGAAGGGAAAACUCUACAAACCACCAAUGCUGAGGCAGAAAAGGGAGGCAAACUUAGCAUCUGUCCUAAAAAUCACCACUAACGCACUAACACCUCAAGCCAGGAGAGGGCAAUGUUAUUAUGAAAAUAAAUUACUCUAUCACUUUCGUAACAAUGUGGCAAAGAGAAAAAUAUUCUGCCAAAUUUCCCAUUGAACUUUCAUAUCACCACUUAAUUAAGCUUUACUGCACCUUGUAAGGGAUAAUACACUAUGAGAUGUGUGCUUAUAAAGCAAUAAUUAAAGCACAGCAUGGGGUCUAUGAGGAUUGCUCGUGCAAAUUGUAUUACUGUCAAAUCUGCACUAGGCAAGAUCUAUGAGUAACAAUACCAACCAAAAUCACAAUGUGGGGCUACAACAAAGAAGAGCAUCCUAACCCCUUUAAUUGAGACAGUGCAUUUGCCCAAAUAUAAUUCUGUUGUUGGGUUUGUAAAAUCAAAACUACAGUGCAAAAUACAAAUUGCUAAAUGCUGUAGAUUCUCUAGUGUUACAUCCACAGAACUUGCAUGAAGUAGAACAAACUCUUAGAUUCAAAUCAGCAUACCAGGAUGGUUGGAGUGGUGGCCAUUUCUAUAUGUAUCGUCACGAUGGCACCAGGUGCAAAUUUGCGUUUCCUAAUGCAGUGAAGGAUUUUUUUUUACAUUUUGGGUUGCCAGUUUGGCUCAGUGGUUAGGGUUAAGGUCAGGUAUAAGUUGGUUAUGGGAUAGGCUGUAGAGAAUGAAUGUUAAUCAAUUAGAAAUUCCAGCGCUGCAGUAGGAAAUGCAAACUCACAUACCGGGCUAGCUUCCGUAUAAUAUAAUUAUGUAUAAUCCAACUUGCAAUAAGUCAUUUGCAGCAACGAUCGAAGCAGUGGAAAGACAGCUUGUGUUUCCGCUGGCGUAGCACUGUAGCAUUUAAAGAGUUGUAUUAACUAAAGGCUUGCUAGUUCGCAGAUGUUGAUUGAAAGACAAGUCUUCACAGUUCGCAAGCAUCCAUGACACACUUUACAGCCCCAAUGCCUCGUCACCAACCAUCCAUCAAAACCAAGGCCUAUAUGCUGUAUAUUCUACUGUGUACAAUAUGACCACAGCAUCAGUGCAAUGACUGUUCUACUACAUUCAAGUUCUGUGAUCACAGCCUUCUUUCAUCCCUUUGGUAUUCUUUGGUAAAAGCCCGUCUCAGACUUGGGUUGGGUUGGUAAACAUGAGGGUGUGAUGUGCAAUUAAUGAUAUCACUAAACGACUUCUGAGAAUUAUUGAAUUUUAAAAUAGUUACCUCUCACUGCCUGUUUGAGGCGCCAACUUACAGUGUUGCCCAAUGCACCUUUAAUUAAAUAACAUCAUGGAGUGUAUCACCCUGCUUAUAGCAUGGUCAUGUUUUUCCAUUUUUAUCUUUCAUAAUUUGUGCUCUGCUCACUUUUGACUUUCAGGAAGACAGUUCCAACUGUAUGUAGCAAGCAAAUUUCUUGGCAACCACUUGUCAAUUACCUGUCAUUUGAUUAGUGCCAGCUGCUGCUAGCAUGUCUGCUACUGUCAAUAAUUUAGGGGUGAAUGCUGAUUAAAUACUGUACACUUAAAAACCAAACUCCUUUAAUAGCUCCAUCUCACUGUAAUUAAGAUCUCAUCUAAUGGCACACCAGAAUUCAUAUAGACUUUAGUGUAUUUUAGUGUAUUUUCUGAAUCUUUGUAAUUCAUUUGAACCACAAAACACCUAUACAUAACACUUCACACUAAAGAGUAUUGGGCCAGCUUUAUUUCUAAAAUGAGAUAAAAUUUGGGUCAGUCCGUUUGUUUUUAUGAAUGUGGAAUUUUCCCACAGCUGAGUUAAAAACCUAUAUCCUUCUGUAUGUCUGUUUUUUUUUUUUUUUUUUUUU